AUGAUAUUAAUUCAGCGGAUAAUAAUUGGAAUAUGCUUUUUAUCUAAUAUUCAAAUGAUUAAUUCAAUCUUAUGCUAUCAAUGUACAGAUUGUCCAGAACCAUUUGAGGAAGGUUAUCCAUAUGUCACUAUAACAAACAAUACAAAUUUUCUUGCACAAUGCACUAAAACAGUUAUGAAUUUAGGUAAUGGUCAAAAUUUAGUAUCGAAGGGUUCAGUAUUUUUUUGUCCAAUUGAAACAACAACUGCUAAUACUCGAAUUUAUUGUUGUGGUACUAAUUAUUGUAAUUCAAGUAAUCAUUUCAAUUUAUCAAUAUUUUUAUUUUAUCUAUCAUUUUUUAUUUGGAUACGAACAUAUUUAUAA